CUGCUUCCCCGGUCCCCCGUUUAUUUCUGUUCCUCCUUCUGUGCCGGGAGGGGGGGGGCAGCUGCGAGCAGGCGUAGCCUGGGACUUCCGCCUUCCUCCUUAAGGCUCCUCCCCUUCCGCGCCCGUUCCGGGCCGGUGUUGUGGCCGAGCCUGGAGUCUGUGGCGGUUGUCCAGCCCCUGCGCGCGGGGGCGCGCGUGCCGGAGCGGGUGCGGAAGUGCGGGAGACGCGCGUGGGGCGGGUCAGCAUCCAGCCUGGGCAGAGAAGUCUGACUCCACCCUCCCUCUCUGGGCUCCCUCUCCCUCCCCAGGGCAGCUGGAACAGGACCCAAGCCCGGAACCAGAGACAUGGCCGCCGGCAGCUGGAGCCCCUCAUCCCAGGAAUUGGUGACAAUCAAGGAUAUUGUGGUGGAUUUCACUGAGGAGGAGUGGAGGCUCCUGGACCUUUCUCAGAAGGAGCUGUAUAAGGAGGUCAUGCUGGAGAAUGUCCAAAAUCUGGUGUCCCUGGAUGUGGAGCCAAAGUUUGAAAGGAAUGAGAUGUCAAGAAAGCUGCAACUUUUUGUGGAAGAAUGUGACCUGCAAAGAUUCAUGAAAGAUGGUCCCUGUGCCUUGACUUUGAGGGAAAUACAUGCCCCUGACAUCCAAGUAGAUAACUCAAAGUCUGACUGUGAAUUGGAUGAAAGUAGAAGGAGAUUCAAUCUUCUUUCCUAAAUCACUAUAAGAAUAUGAAUUCAGGGAAUAACCAUCUUCUGGAUAAUGAAUAUCAGAAAUGUUUUCCUGGACAGGUAGAGCUUUUUGAUUCCCAAGAGAAGCCUGCUAAAAUUCUAAUGAAUCCAGAUAAUCAAUGGAAAAUGUCCUUCAGCAAGAGUUCAGACCUCACUAGACAUCAGAAAAAUGGUCAUGGGGAAAUGUUUUGUAUGGGUAGUCAAGAUGGAAAGAACUUGAGUCAGAUCUCUAAGCUCAUUACUCAGCAGGCAAUUCAGAGAAGAAAGCAACCUGAUGAAUAUAGUGAAUGUCAAGAAAUAUCAUCCCAUCAUUCAUCUUUUCCUUAUGAAUCUAGAGUUGAUGCUGGAAUGAAAAAAGCUUCAUUUGGUGAGUGUGGGCCAGCCUAUAGUUGGACCUCAGACCUUGAUAGAUCUCAGAAGAUUCAUCCUGGAGAAUUUUAUAAAUAUAAUGAAGGUGGGAAUAUCUUCACACAGCAAUUCUUUCUAACUACAUGAGGGAAUCCACACUGGCGAGAAACCUUUUGAAUGAAAUCACUGUGAAAAGACUUUUGCAUCUAGUUCCACUUUUAGUUAGCAUUAGAGAAUCCACACCGGAAAAAAACCUUAUAAAUGUAAUCAGUGUGGAAAAGUAUUCAGAUGUAAUUACAACAUUACAGAACAUCAGAGAAUCCACACAGAAGAAAAGCCUUACAAAUAUAAUGAAUAUGGAAAGGUUUUCAUACAGACUACAGGUCUUGCUUUACAUUACAGAAUUCACACUGGAGAGAAACCUUAUAAAUGUAAUCAUUGUGGAAGGACUUUCAACUCUUUGUUUCAUCUUCCUGAACUUUAGAGAAUCCACACUGGAAAGAAACCUUUUGAAUGUAAUCCAUGUGAAUAGGCUUUUACAUGCUGUGCCUGUCUUGCUACACACCAGAGAAUUCACAUUGGAAAGAAACUUUUGAAAGCAUUCAUUGUGAAAAGUCUUUUGCACAGAAGUGAAAUCUUGUUGAACAUCAAAGAACCCACACUGGAGAGAGGUUUUGAACGUAGUCAGUGAGGAAAGGAUUUUACACAAAGGUCCUUUCCAGCUUGACAUCAGAGAAUCCACCCUGGAGGGAAAACUUAUAAAUGAAAUUAAUGUGGAAAGGCAUUUAGCUACAAAUCCAAGAUUGGUAAACAUCAGAAAAUCCCCACUAAGGCAAAGUAGUAUGAUAAUAAUAAAUGUGAAAUACUUCCACAAAGAGUUCCCAUCUGGCUGUAUAUGAGGCAAUCCACACUGGAAAGAAACCUUGUAAAUGUAUUCAAUGAGGAAAGGCUUUCAGACAAAUGAUCCUGUUCAACAUCACAUAAUCCACACUGGAGAAAAGUGUUUUGAAUGUAGUCAAUGUGGAACAAUUUCACUUGAAGCUCCAGUCUUGCUGAAUAUUAGACAAUCCACAGUGGAGCCAAACCUCAUGAAUGUGGUGAAUAUAGCACAGCUUUGAACUUAUCAUUCUAAGCAUAUUUAAGAGAAGAGGGUCCCCACUUGAGGGAGACCUUAUGCACAUGACCAACAUGGUAAUACCUUCCAGCACCAAUCAUCUCUUAUUUCCCACCUCAGAGUUCAUGUUAGAGAAAAAUCUGAUCAUUGUCAUGGAUAAGCAAAGACACUCAAAUGGAAUUCAAUGGUUUUUCCCUAUGAGAAAGAUCACGUUAAGCAGCAGAUUCCUGGGCACUCAUGGGAGAAAGGUUUCAACCAGAGAUCAUCUUUUACUUUCUCUCUGAGGAUUCAUUGAAAAGUCUUAGAAAUAUGUUCAUGUGGCUGCACUUUUCCCUGGAAGAGGGUGAUCAGCAGGCAACUUUAUUGCUUAGUAGAAGGAAGAUGGAUAAAGGCUGUGCUUGAAGCUUCCUUCAAGGGCUUCUAGAGCUGAUACUUGACUGCCCUCUGGAGAAAUCCUGCUGGAGAUGAAACUUGGGGAUCUCAUUCACAAGGGAAGGUCUCCUUCUGCAGCACAGCCUUCAUUAGAUUUUCAACAGAACGAAAUAUUCAUGAAAUAGCCCAAAUUUCCAUCCUAUUGUGAGGGGAGGAAAAUCACACAGAAUAGCAUAGAGGAGAAACUGAGGCAGAGUUCUGAGCCCAAACCCUUUAUUAGAGGAGUCUGGUUCUCCUCUAUGUAGACCCCAGACCUGGCUCUCCCAUCUGAGGUGCUCCUUUUUUCUCAGCUCUAUUACAGGAAUACAAGUAUCCUAUCAAUAGAACAGCAUUUCAUUGGUUAUUAUAAAAUGCCUUGGCUAAAAUACAGAAACCACCAGGGCCAAAGGGUUUCAGGAUGGCCAGUGCAGGAAUCUCUCCACUGACUAGAUGGUCAUAAACUGGAUGAUCUUCCCCCUUGGUUUGGGCCAGGGAAGAUGGGGUCUUUCAGUGAUCAGGAGGUGGCUGAGCCAUUCCUGGGGUUGGGCAAGUACAGAUUGCACAUUCCCAAGAACAUUUCUAGGACGUAUGGACAAUUCCUCAUAGUGAUUCGUGUUAUUUGUUACAUCACUACUAGCCUGGAUUACUAUGUGCAUAUGUAAUUAUGUAUAAUACCUCCCAAGUUGAU